AUGCAUCACGAGUCUAGUGAGGUGUUAGCACGUCGUCUACGUCACAAUUGGUUCCUUCAUGGCGACGAGUUCAAAGCCUCGUGUGGUGGAUUUAGCAGUGAUUGCGAGGACGAUGGAUCACUGACAAAUCUUGCCUGGCUCCAAACUAUCAGCGUGAAAAAGCUGGCAGCUCCACUGCCAUCACUAUCACCACCCUCGUCGCCACUAAUGGACCCUCAUUCCACUCAGCCCAACCAUCAUAACACCCUCGAACUCUAUCGCCAACAUUGUCUCAAUUACGGUCUGGGUAUGCAUCAAAGUCCUCUACCAUCGCGAUCAACGCAUCGACAAGCACUUCCGUCCUGGGGAUUACAACAUCGGGACACGCACAGGAGUGUUCGACCUCUCUUCAAACGAAGAAGCACCUUUUUGAAGCGGCUUAAGACUCCAAUGCCGGCACUUCAGAUAUUCAAGAGUCUCCCAUCCACCAACACCAUGUGCGCUUCCAGCAAAAACAGCCAGCAACAGCCGCAUGCUCUGUGGGCUCUGGGCCCUAUGACCCUACUAGCCGAUUCACCAUUGAGCUCUACACUCCCAACAAUUGAGGAUGUGGCGCCGGAGGAGAGAGCGGCAUUCAAGACUAACCAGAUGCUUCAGCCACCUUUCACCCACACUGCGCUGAUCUGUAUGAGCAUGCAAGCGAUGGGAAAGAACAAGAUUACGUUAGAUGAGAUUUACAGUUGGAUGGCAGAGAAUUUCGCGUUCUAUCGGGACUCGGAACCAACCUGGAAGCUAGCAUUGCGUCAGACGCUAAUGCGUAACUCCAUCUUCCAACGCGUUCCACGUCGCAAAGAGGAGCCCGGAGGAUGGGGUGAUAUGUGGAGGCUGCAUCCUGACAUCCGCUCCAAACUCCGAGACCUCAAUUAUCAGGAUGUUCCACCACUCUCGUUGUCCAGGACUUCAAUCAUUGCGCCCAAGCUGAUUAUCCAAUCGGUCAUUAAAAAUAAGGGAGACGAUGUGCCUUUGCUAUCGACUAGUUACCCAGUCGAAAAAGAAGGCUCCUACCAGCAUCAGCAGGUCAGCCAAGAGGACUUUAAGUCAGAAAUGGAGUGCGAGGAAGAACCGAGGUUAGAAAACGAUUGGUGGUCCGGAGACCUAACCGAGAACAUGGACACGCUGAUGGGCGAUAUGGAGGAAACCAGUCCCGACCCUUACAUGCCUUUAAAUAGCCCGACUGAAUACCCUACUGGCAACCCGGACAACCCAACGGAUGACCAACCCUGGGUGGACGACCGACUAAAUCUGGAAGAACUGGACAACAUUCUUGGUCUGAAGUAG